CUAUGAUGAAACAUGCAACAUUCCUUCAGGCCCUCCUCUCUGGUCGGCCUGCCAAAGUCUGGAAGCUUGCAUGACCACUUUGCAGAUUGAAAAGCAACAUGGCAGACGUCGUGCUCCAAACCCGGGGAGGAAGCGGCGGGAUUGUGAUCGACGACGACUGGCCAGGUUACAGUUUAGAACUCUUCAGCUAUCCAGCGCACUACGCCGGUGAUCUGCAAUGUGUUGUCGUUCCACAUGGAGUCAUCAUGGACAGAACGGAGCGUCUUGCCCGCGACAUCAUGGACGACUUGGGAGAGCACGACAUCGUAGUUUUGUGCGUGCUUAAGGGGGGAUACCAGUUCUGUGCCGACUUGGUGGACAAGAUCAAGGCGCUGAGCUGCAGCUCGGACCGCACCAUCCCCAUGAGAGUCCACUUCAUCCGCCUCAAGAGCUACCUUAAUGAUCAGUCCACAGAAGACCUUCAUAUCCUUGGAGCAGAAGACUUGUCAUUUUUAGCUGGAAAGAACGUACUGAUUGUGGAGGGCAUUAUUGGCACUGGCAAAACCCUGAAGGCUCUCCUGAAGCACGUCGAGGUCUUCCAGCCCAAAAUGAUCAGAGUUGCUGGGUUGUUGGUAAAGAGAGUGCCACGAAACACAUCAAGCCUCCCUGACUACGUCGGCUUUGAGAUACCCAAUCGCUUCGUGGUUGGAUACGCUUUGGACUACAAUGAGUAUUUUAGAGACCUGAAUCACAUAUGCGUGAUCAGCGACAGUGGCAAAAUGAAAUACAAGAUAUGAUGGAAGAAAGCGACAGAUCUCAUAUCAGACUUUUAGUCUAUUACAGCUGCUACAGAGAGAAAUUUGUUCUCCAAUGUUACGGUUCAACAUUAACUUAGAGAAAUGACCAGCAAAGACACUGCCGUUCAGGACACCAUAUUGUAUAUCUGCUGAAACGGGAAUUUAUAAAAAACUUUUUAAUAUGCUAUAAAGGAAAUAGAUAUAACCAUUUGGUUUUUAGUCUUUGUACAUUAAUUAACAUUCUUAGAAGUUAGUAAAAAAUAAUAAAAUGAAAAAUAUUCGGGACAGCUGCAACACGAUAAAAGUUAAGAUAAAUAAAAACUUAACUGAAGUACGCUGAAGAGCAGUACAUAGCGAGUUUUUUUGUGACAUUUAGAGCAAAUUUAUCCCCAAUAGUUUGAUCAAAUUCAGAUUUUUGGGACUUUUUUUCCUAAGUCAUUUUAUUUUUGUAAUGUACAGUACAUGUAUGUGAUUACAACCAACCAGAAUCAGAUUUUUAAGUAACAAAUGUAGCAUUUUCUAACAAAAUGUAAAAUGACUGCUCUCAUUUUUACCUUGGAACGUUGUCAUUUUCAUAAUUCUUAGAGUGUAGCUUUGGACACAAACUAACAUGUUGUUUUUUUCUUUCUUUUUUUUUUUUUUUUUUUUUUGUGCAUUUUUCAUAAAGCUGAUGAACUUAUUUGAGCCAUUGUGCGUUUAUCGAAACUUCGUGUUUACAAAUAAAUGUUCUAUGUAUCAAAAUGUGGAUUGUUUUGUGUUUCUCUCUUUGGCUUGAUGAUUUUUGAAAAUAGGUCAUUACUACAGAAGCAGAAUAUAAAAUAUAGAUUGCCCACAAAUGAACCAAAAAGGCACAAAGAGUCAUUUGUGUUGAAUUGUUUUGCUCUUUGUGUACACCUGACACAUGACUCCUUGUCUUUUA